AUGCCUCGUCAAUUCUUCGUCGGUGGAAACUUCAAGAUGAACGGUGUCUCUGAGAGCAUCACCGGCAUCGUGAACAACCUCAACGCUGCUAAGCUCGAUGAGUCCACUGAGGUCGUCAUCUCUCCUCCCGCCCUGUACCUCACCCUUACCCGCAGCCUGGCAAACGCCAAGAUUGGUGUUGCUGCCCAGAACGUCUUCAACAAGCCCAAUGGUGCUUUCACCGGUGAGAUCAGCGUUGAGCAGCUGAAGGACACCAAGAUCGACUGGGUUGUUAUCGGCCACAGUGAGCGCCGUGUUAUCCUGAAGGAGACCGAUGAGUUCAUUGCCAGCAAGGUCAAGGCUGCCAUUGAGGGUGGCCUCUCGGUCAUCUUCUGCAUUGGUGAGACCCUGGAGGAGCGUGAGGCCAACAAGACCAUCGAUGUUGUUACCCGUCAGCUUAACGCUGCUGCUGCCGUGCUGAGCAAGGAGCAGUGGGCUAAGGUUGUCGUUGCCUACGAGCCCGUCUGGGCUAUUGGCACUGGCAAGGUUGCCACCACUGAGCAGGCUCAGGAGGUCCACGCUGCCAUCCGCAAGUGGCUCGGCGAAGCUGUCAGCGCCGAGGCCCAGGAGAACGUCCGUGUCAUCUACGGUGGCUCCGUCAGCGAGAAGAACUGCCGCGAGCUUGCCACCCAGCCCGAUGUUGACGGCUUCCUCGUUGGCGGUGCCAGCUUGAAGCCAGCUUUCGUCGACAUCAUCAACGCCCGCAUUUAA